CGUUUACAAUAUGGUGUCCCGUGCGGCUGGCGUGCGUCGGUAGCAGUCGGUAGUUGCGUUAUUUCAAUUUAUUUUAGCACAAUAGUGAAAAAUAUUCCAAUUUCUGUGUAAUUACGUGAUAACCAUAUCACCAUACGUGCAGUAAAAUUAUAAUGACGCACAAUAAUAUAUUGUCGGAUUCACAAGAGUCGGCUUUAAUUGAUGAUGCUACCUAUCAAGAAGUAUUGGACCAAAGCAUUGAUAUCGAAAAACUUCUGGGUUCUGACUUACUGCAAGAGCAGGAAGAAAAAUGUAAUAUUCAUUAUGAGCAAAUAGGCCCAGAUGUAUCAUAUCCAAUUUUACAAGUUGCACCACAAACGCCUCAAACAUAUAUUCCUGUCAAGGAUUCAUUUGCAGGACCAUGGAAUUUUAAAUUACUUACAAAUAACCAGAAUUCAGGCAAGCAGUGGGAGUAUUCAGUGCCACUAAACAAAGUCUUUAUCAAUAUGAUGCUAACACUACCGCUCAAAUUUAAAUGGGACAUUAUGGAACAAGGAGGCAUGUGGCUGAGGACCAUGAUGGUAUUCUCCUUAGAUCAAUAUCAAAGCCAUCCAGUUCAACGAUGUCCUAAUCACAUGUCAGCAACUGACCAGUCUAAUAAAAACGUUAGCCCAGAGAUGGUAAAACACGUUGUACGUUGUUUACAAUCGGACUGCAACUAUGAAGAGACAAAUGGACACUUCUCUGUUGUCGCGCCCCUUGCAAGACCACAGGCCGGAGCAGAUUACGUUCCUGUGAACUUCCAAUUCUUUUGCAAGAAUAGCUGCUCCUCUGGCAUGAAUCGCAGACCCACAGAGCUUCUCUUCAUCUUGGAGGAUAGUCACGGAGGGGUUCACGGUCGUCAAACACUGCCUGUAAGGAUUUGUAGCUGCCCCCGACGUGAUAAAAUAAAAGAGGAGGCAGAAGUUCCAGGCACGCGAAAUUAUGUAGCUGUGUCGGGUGGUAAGAAACGUAAAAUUUCAAUUCCGCAAGGAAAAAAAUUAGCAAUACCACUGACAACUGUAAACUCAAGCAAUACCGAUGUGUAUUCAUUAUCAUUUAACGUCGUUGGCAAAGAAAAUUCCAAAUUGGUACUUAAAUAUGCCUAUGACAUUAUGGCGGGUGAUGUAUCUCGUAAUGAAAGUCUGCAUGACAGCUAUAAGCCAUAUAUGGAUGCUCUCUUACAAAAAAAGCCAUAAAUUGAGAUUUUAAUUUUUUUUUACUUUCCAUAUUUUUAUUUUUACGGUCUCUUCCCUCAAUACUCAGUCAUCGAUCUCCCUAGACAGCUCCCAUUCCCGUCCGGCACCGCUAGCCACGUCUGCUAAAGCAUGUGCAAAACGCGGUGGUAUGUACGAAACGUAAUAAGCGUGUGUAGAUUGCUACCGUUAGUGAUUAUGUGAAUUACGAUUCAGUGCAGACGCAGACUAUUGAGAGCUUGAAGAUCGAGACGACCGGACUAUUGAGGGAAACAACUGUAAUAGUAUUAAAGCAUGCCCAGUGUAUCUGUACUUGAAUAAGCGUCUGAAAGUUCAAUCUCAACUACAUCGAGUCGUGUAUUUAUCAUUCUUUAUUUCAAAUGAAAACCAUAAAGUUUGUCCAUUCUCGCGUCAAUCUUUCUUUUCUGAACUUUGUGUUUCAUCAGGUCAGAAAAUCGAGGGAUAAUCCUAUAUCUCGUUUUUAAUUUGUAUUCUUUGUCGUAUUUCUCCUGAUUUAUUUUAGACAUUGAAGAACAAACAGUGAUGCAUGACAUGUUAGAAUAUUCAAUGCAACAGUUAAACACUGCAUAUAUAUGAAUUAUGGUAUUGCUCUUAGUCAAAUCAACAAAGAUUAAAUUUACUUGAAAUUAAUUACAGUGGAACCGCUUCAAUGGUUUCAAUGUACUCCGUUAAUUGUUCGUAUCGCGUAGCAUAAUUUAAGGGACGUUACAACAGUAAUUUAGUAUCGUGGGAUACAGUAUUGUUUUAAUAAUUCAAGAGAAACGACUGAUUAUUAACAUGCGUUAUACCUGGAGCAAAUGCAUUACUCGCCAUACGUUAUUUUAAGUUGUUUAUUGUUCUACUUUAUAUAUACAUUAUACAUUAUUACUCAUUAGUUUAUUGUUAGCAUGGACAAUAGUUACCAAGCGGCCGUUCGACUUGUGUAAUUGUGCCAUGCCGUAAUUUCUGCAUUUUUAUAAUUAAAUCUAAAUCGAUGCAAUUAUUUGUAUAUAAGUAAACCGAUCAAAUUAAUCUGGGAGUGGGCGCGUGGGGUGUCUGGGACAUUCCAAAUCAAUGUUUUUCAAAUGGAAAAGAAAAUCGCACGACUGUUCCCGGGUCGUAAAGCACAUACUCGAAAGUUACCAAGUGCUCAUAAGCAUUGACAUGUGGUUUUCGCGUAAAUUUGUAUUACGUGCAAGAUUCACCGCGCCUGUUGCUAAUGUAGUCGGUUUUUUAAAAAUAAGAAUCAUAUACAUUAUCGUUUUUGUAGUCGUCAAUUAGGCUCGUGAUAGAGCAUUAAUAUUUGGAAUGUGUUAGAUUCAUAUUGCCAUGAAUCUUUUAAGUAGCUGCGCCAAAAUGUCUCAAUGAAUCUAAUGAUAUUUUUGUAGUCCAAUUACAGUUGGAGUCCCUUACAGAUUAUAUUGACUUUGGUUAGGAGAGGGCGGGCUGUUAAAUUUCUGAUAUUUGUCACUGGUGAUGGAUGUAAGACAAGGGAAACCGCCACGACCAUUUUGAUGAGUACAUGAUAAUAGGUAUUUUGCUCAACUUUCAUGUCUUCUCAUUGGGUAAGCUGUGAGAGAUUCUACUGUACACAUGAGAGUAGAUAAAGUGAAAAAUAAAUAAUCUGUUAUUUUAUCGUAA